AUGUCAGGACCAGCAGCAGGAGAGGAGGGCGGCGGAAGCGACAAGAAAGAUGAAUUGGUGUUCAACGUCGGCGACACGUAAGACCCUCCGUUUUUCUGGCAUUUUUCAGAGCUGGUCAUUCGCCGGCUGCGUCUUUUCUGCUGUCUGUGUUUCUGGCCCACUUCCAGUUGUCCAUUGGGCCCAAAUGGAACAUGCUCAUCGAGCGAUAAAUUGAAACGCAUUGUCCAAGCAUUGUUUGGUUCCGAUCGCGAUCGGUACAAAACAAUGCUUGUCACUGUCUCCCCAACAACUAAUGCUAAAUUGAGCGCCGCGUUAAAACGGAGUGUCGUUGAAAACAAAAGUAGGUCUGAAAUUUCUGGAUUUUUUUCCGAAAACCCGAAAUUUCAUCCGAAAAUGAGAAAAAUGAAGUAAAACAGGGAAUUUCAGGAUUGUUAAUGACAGCUGUGACCUUAAAUUAGCGUUUUGCCCACAAGAAAGCGCGCAUUAUUACACUUUUCUGUGAAUUUCAGUCCGGAUCGAAAAUUCUUAGUCAUUUUUGCAUUUUAUGGGCCAUCUAUGUGCUCAAAAUAACCGCCUUUGUCUGCUGAACAAUCGAGAGGCAACUGUCUUUUUAUUCUGUCAACUGUUUUCUCAAAACUUCCGAAAGUUCGUUUUUUCAAGCCAAAUUUAAAAAACGAAAUUACUCUUCGAAUUUUCACUUUUACACGCGCACUCUGUGAUCUUUUUGUAGCUAUCGGUCAUAUGAACAAACGUGAGGUAAAAGUUUUGAAGGAAAAGUGUGCAUAAUCCCAAAAACUCGGGAAAACAUCAUUUUCAGUUGAAAACCCGUCUCCCGUAAAUCGACACUGAGAGCCGCACGCAAAAAAGCGCGCGAAAAUUUUUUUCGCCGAAGGGGAGACAGUUAACUGGAAGUGGGCCAAAAACACAAAAUGGCCACACUUUUCCGAGAAAAGUGUUCUUGAAAGUUGUUAAAAGAAACACAAAAGAUUCCUGUUUUCAGAAUCCACGGUUACAAAAUUGUCAAAAAAAUCGAUGAAGGCGGUUUCGGUCAAGUGUUCAAAGUGACCGACAAAAAGCAAGAUGUUUUCGCAAUGAAAGUCGAGCCGAGCGCUCAGGAGGGCGGCUCCGCCAUCAAGUUGGAGGUGAUUUUUUUGGAUUUUUGUUUCAUUUUUCUCACAAAACUUGCAAACGCCACUAAAAAUCAUCGUUCCAGGUGCAUGUUCUGCAAAACUUGCCCACAGACAGUGUGUUCCCUCGAAUGGUGCUCGGCGGUCGCAAGCGACUCUUUCAUUAUAUGGUGCUCGAGUUGCUCGGCGACAAUCUGCGGACCCUGAAAGCACGUAGUACGAACCCGGAGGUCUGGUCCGACGGAACGUGGUCCCGCGUCGGCAUCCAGUGCCUUUACGCGUUAGUUUUCCCUUUUUUUUGCAAAAAAUCACGGAUUUUUGAAUGACUUGCAAAAAAAUGUUGUUUGCAGUCUGAAAGUGAUGCACAAUUACGGUUUCGUGCACCGCGACGUAAAGCCGAACAACUUUGCGAUCGGCAUCAACACGGCCACAGAGAUCCGCAACCGUCGUAUCAUGCUCUUUGAUUUCGGACUCGCUCGACGGUACUUUUCGCUUUUUUCUCUCAUUCUUUCCCCAUUUUUUUCAGAUUCGUGAAGCAAGUGCCUGUUGCGCCGGCGAAACGACUUCCAUCGACAGCGAUCACGGCGAGGACGACGGCGACGACGACGACGACGAAGACGAAAAUGGGCGGAAGUUCGAAGCCGAAAAAAACGGAAAACAAUGGUACGAAGAAGCAGAAGGAGUCGAAGGUUCGGUUUUCAAUUUAACAAUUCCCACGCUCGCCUCGUAUUGCAGGAGAAGGUCAUGGGGCGUUUAAAAUUACCUUCCGGUGCUGGGCAGAAGAUCGGCACGACCGUUUACGAGUUUCGCAUCGCACGCCCGCACACGGACUUUCGCGGAACACAACAGUACGCGUCGCCGAACGCGCACGCACAACUCGAAUUGGCAAGUACUCUUAUCGAUUGAUUGCUCUGGUGAAUCGUUUGAAAUAUGCUAUCGACGCUUUUCAAAGUCAAUGCGCUCUGUUGAGAAACUUCUGUUUGGAGCAGCGAAACGAGUUUCAGUUGUUUUUCAUUUAAAUUCUGGAACAAUGUUCUUGAGAUUACAAUUUGACAUCUAAUUAGAGAGGCUAUUUGUUUUGCAGGGCCGUCACGACGACAUUUGGUCGCUGAUGUACAUGAUUGCGGAGAUGUUUGUCGAGUUGCCGUGGGCGUUCAACGAUUCAAUGUCCGUCGAGGACUUCAAGAAACAGUACGACCUGCCGCGCAUUUUUUGUGAUGGUGAGAGAUUUUUGAAAAAGCGUUGAGAUACGAUGUUUCUUUUUAUUUAGCAGAGAAAAACGCGGGAAUGCGCGGACAGCUGGAGAAGAUUGAUUCGAUGCUGAAAUCGAAGAACUACUACGAGCAUCCGGACUACGAAUGCGUGCAGCAAUUCCUAAAGGACGUGAUGACGCGGGCGCGCGUCGGCUGGGAGGAUCCGUACGACUGGGAGACCAACUCCAAAUCGGCCGAAGUCGUCGGCGUCGUCAAGAAGGCGCCGUCCACCGUCAAAAUUACCGGAAACGAGUGGGAGACGCCCGGAGAAUUUUUCAAGGUGAAAAAUCAAAAAUGAUGACUUUUCGGGAGUGAAAAUUUUGCAGACUGACAUGUGGGCGCGUCUCAAAAUGCCGAGUUACUCGAUGGAGAUGGCCGAAAAGAAAAGACUGGCGGCGAGCAGAGCGGAUCGCGGAAAGCAGCAGCUCAGCCACGAACAGAUUUCCGCCAAUGUAGGUCACUCGACACUUUUCCCGACAUUUUUCCGUGUUUUCAGCAAGACGAAGAGUUGAAAAUGGUGAAAACGCCGACGGGGAAAUCGCUGAAAAAGAUGACGAGCGUCGGCAAUUUGAGCAGCAACGAGUUCGCACCAUCGAAGAGAAAGUGA